AGUACCAGUAAAUAUGCGUUCUAAACACCCAGCUUUAAUACCCGUUUUUAACAGGGAUUAAACUCAACAUAUCACAACUAAAAGUUAGAAAUAGCAUAUGUUACAUACUAGUCAGCACAGGGUCAAUUAUUAUGUCAUAUUUCCUUUAAAAGGGGACUCUUUUUACAGCGGUUAAUGAAUAAUGAAAACCUACAUCAUGCUGUUGCUAGGUAGGUUACUGAAAGUCAGUUUCUUUUUUUUUCAUUGGCAGACUAUCUCCCACCUCCUUUUUUUUGAUAGGCUGACUGUGUAAUUCCACCUGCUGGAUCUAGCUCGCUGUGCGGUCCUCGGAGCUGCCAGUAGCUUCAGUGUCUCGCGUCUGCGGUAGUUGAGAAACUUUGCCGGGUUCCGGGUUUGUUUGUUUUGUUUUUUUAAGUUCAACAAAAUUCGUUAACGUCCCCCCCCUCCCCCAUAAGUCUGUCAACCAUGGCUAUUUUGAUGGAGCACCAGUUUAAGCAGCUUCCGGCUGACAAACAAGUGGAUACGAGAUCGUUCCUGGAGUCGGUGUCUCACAUUCCGCCAUUCUUUGAUUGUCUGGGGUCUGCAGUUUUUUCACCAAUCAAAUCAGAUAUAGUGGGUAAUAUUACCAAAAUCAAAGCAGUUUAUGACACAAACCCCACUAAGUUUAAAACUCUACAGCAGAUCCUGGAGGCAGAGAAGGAGAUGCACGGAACUCAGUGGCCCAAAGUCGGAGCUACGCUAGCAUUAAUGUGGCUGAAAAGGGGUCUGAAGUUUAUCCAGGUCCUGCUGCAGAGCAUCGCGGACGGGGAGAGGGACGAAGCCAACCCCAAUCUCAUCCGGGUCAACGCCACUAAAGCCUACGAAUUGGCACUGAAGAAAUACCACGGCUGGCUGGUGCAAAAGAUCUUCCAUGCAGCUCUCUAUGCUGCCCCCUACAAGUCUGAUUUCCUGAAGGCGCUGUCCAAGGGACGGGAAGUCAAGGAAGAGGAUUGUCUGGAGAAGAUCCGCCAGUUUCUCAUCAACUUCACGCCCACCAUCGACGCGAUCUACGUGAUGUACACCAAAAUGAACGCUGAGCUGGACUACAAAGCCUGACCUCUGGCCUCCCACCAGGACACUUGGAUCCCUUUUUAUCUUCAUCCUGCCUUCGUCUCAAGAGCAAUUACGUUGUGUCAUUAACUCCUAGACUUUACCCUGUCGCCUCCCAAAGCUCCCGCUUGUGAAUGUAAAGGAGACUAGCUGACAUCACAGAACACCGUGUUUCCAACACCAGCGACAGGAAUCUAAGGGUCAUCCUGGAGCUGCUGUGGUCUCAGUUUCUGAAGGUCUCAGACUGGUUUCUUGCAUUAAAAAGAAGAAAGCAAAUGCAUUGUGCCUAUAGGCAGCUCUAGCUGGAAGAGAGUGGAGGUUGUAGUUUAUGCAGUGUCGUGUGCCUUAUUUAGUUCAAAGUGUCGCCUACUAAAAAAAAAAAAAAAAACCUCUGGAUCUAGGAGGCCCUGUGUGCAUAUUUGGGCUUUUUUUUAAGUUACAAAAGCAUUGCUUUUAUGUAUACUAGAAAUUGGACUUAAGUAAAACUUAACAAGUUGAUUUUUAAUUUUGUUCCAGCUGGUUUGUAUGUAAACAUCGUACCAGCAAUCUACAUCAAGAUUGCACAUGCAAAGUUCUGGUUCUGUGGGAGGAUCUUAGUCAGAUCUUCUGAUGCCUUCAUAAUCAUAGUGACAGCUGCGGAUGUCUCUUUGCUAUUGUGCAAACAGCACAAUGAUUAUCAAUUAAAAAGUCUCACAGAUCUAGCAGGGAUAAAAGAGCUCCCGUUGCAUAUUAGCCUGAGCAGUUGCAGGUUUACAAUACAUUACGCUUAAUUAGAUAAGCUUGGGAUGGCGUCAUGCGCGAUUCCUGCUAAGGGCCAUGCUUUAAUGAUCCAAACGGCAAGAGACCGCUGCUGUUAAGGGUGUUGAUAUAGGACCCUUUCUUUUUGUUCCUGGUGCAAAUCCAGUAGUAACAGCAUGUUCUUCACAAAGGAAUGAACCCAUUGGCCUGAACGUGAUACUCUGGAUAAUUGCAGGCAAGUUGCCUGUAUGUCUUCUAACCACAGUUCGGAGCUCAUAGUAAAUCCUGCAACGGCUCAAGCUGCUGUGCAAUCGGAGUGUUGUUUCUGAUCUAAAUGAUUGCACUGAGAAGGUGGCAGGUGACUGGGUAGCUCCAAGCACUGAUAAAAUAAAGACUGCUGUAUUAAGUAGCCUUGAGUUAGGAAGUAUAGAAUUGAUAACUCGCAGUCUGCAGAUUUCUGUUUUUGUGUGUGGGAUUGGCUGGUAAUAGAUGGACACAAGGAAGUCAUGCAAUAUACCAGAGUCUGAACCAGGAGUACCAGCCUUCCAGCCUCUGCAGAUGCUUUAUUUGAAUAUCUGACUGUUGCUUGAAACACUGGAUGAUUGUUUUAAUUAAAGAACUCUCUGCUCAACGGCCUGCAGGGAUGCUCUUUCAGGGAAGGCUGUGUAGAUCUGUGUGCAUUUUCAAGUGGACACCUUUCCAAGAACAUUUGCCUUUAUUCUCUCAAGAGUUUGUUUUCAGAAAUGUAUGUUACUGUUAGAGAAGCACUGUGUUGUUUUUUUAAUUAUUAUUCUUAUUGUUAUAUUCUGGUGUGCUGUACGCAGUUGAAGGGGAAAGUAAUGGGUCUCAAGGAAAACAAAAGAAAUAAUGUGUGUCAGUUCAAGUUCCACAUGCAGGGUUCUUCUCCAUGUUCAUUAAGAAGCCUACCAUGCUACAACCACAGUGCUGGCAUUAACACGCAAGUGCCUCUUUAUGAAGAACUAGGAUUAGGUUGAUAUCACUACAGUAGAGAUUUAAUUGUAUUGCUGUGCUCUGUUUUAUCAUUGCGUUUUGUUUUUAAAUUACAAAAAGCACAGAUAUUCGAAUGUCUAGGUUAGUAGCAAAAGCAAGAGCAUGAAGUUUCAUCAUGGCUGAGCUGAGGAAGGCACAUUUUAAUCUGGGCUGGGAAACGUAUAGGAUUCCCAUGUAAGUAAUGAGUUUCUUAUCAGACCUUGGGAUCAGUUCAGUGGCUCUCAGCCGUGGCCGCUGUAAAUGCCACCAUCGUUUAAAUCACUGAAAUCAUGGUGGUAUUUCUUUUUUUUCAUAUCUCUACUGACCUCAAUAAACCAAAUUUCCUCUAAACACAAUUCAUCUUUCAUUAAUAACAUGCAGUAAGGAAAGUGUGCAGCAUGCAGUGUAGGGUGUGUGCUCUUCAUCACCUUGGUAGAUGAAGCAUUAUUGAAACACUGUUUAAAUCCUCCAAUGUUUCGAUCGUUUGAAUAGACCCCGUUGUCUUCAGUAAGGUUAGUGUUGAUGUAAACUCAUUCUUUGAAUGCUGCUCAGCAUCUUGAACAGGAGCUGAUUUAUAAGACUGGCUGAAGGUGUCUUAUUUUCUGCUGUUUUUUUGUCGCUGUUGUUGUUUUAACCAGACUGGCAUGGGGCUUGUAAAUAUAGAUUUUAUGCCUAGAUUUUAAAGUCAAUCACAGUGAAACACCAAACACACUAGGGGGUCUGUGUUAAUGAUUCAGACAGUUAUGUUUUGUAAUAUGUCUGUGUUUUACAACACUGGAGAUACGUUGCCCCCAUUUUUAACAUCUCUAAGUAUCCUUCAAAUACACAGUAAACAGAAGGUUAUUUUUUAUGGCAGCAAUAUUUUGGUAAAUCAUAAACUCGAUUAGAGGUGAAUGAUUGCCCUACAUUCUGGAGGCUUGAUUACUUCUUAUUGAGUAUAAUUGAAUCCUCAUACUAAUUCUCUGAAUCUUACCCCUAAAAAUAAAAUCUAUAAUGAUGCUCAAUCACCAUUUAUAGGUGGGUGUAUGGGAAAUCACAGCCGGUUUCAGAGGAUUCCUGUUGAAAGAUCACACUGAAAGAUGCUUUUGUAAGAGUCCUAUUGCAACUUCCAUUAAUAACAUAACAAACCUGCCAGCUCCUCUGAGCUGUGUUUACUUGAAAUCAAGGAGAAGGUUGUGGUUUGUUGCCUUUUCUAUAGUACGAGACUGGAGUGGAAUUUUUUCUUGUCUUAUGGCGGAGGAAUAAAGCCCUCUGGUGUGAAGUGUCGCAGGGUAAACUUUCUUAAUAUUAGCAGAACUUUAAUAAAGUAUUUCAUGUUGUUGAUGUUA